CGUUGUGGCUUCCUCCACAGCAUGCUCUUUUCAGCUGUCUCCUUGCUGCCGUCUAGGAUUUCUUCCUCUGUGAAGGCAGAGUAGUUGUGAGGCCUGGAAGAUGCUCUCUUGCCUCUUUGGUUACUUCCUUUGAGUGCAUCUUGGAACAUAAAAGGGAAAAAUGCCAAUUACUUUUAAAUGCAUUAGAAUUGCAAAGCUCUAGUAUCCUGUGUCUGCAGAGGAAAGCCUGGCACUUAUUAAACCAGCCAACCCAUACAUGAUUUAAGGGACGCAGCCCCUUGAAAGCUAACUGGAAAUUAGCUCCCAAGCAGCUUCAGUUCAAGAGUUAAAAAGAAUCAGGGCUUUUAUUUCUCCCCAUCAAGCGUGAAGGUGGGUGCAUCUAAUAUUUCUAAUGCAUUGGGUUGCUGCUGGACAUGGAGUCAUCUCCAGCUCCUGGAAGGACCCUGAUGUGCCCUGAGAGCUGCCCACCUGGCCAAGGCACUCCUCUUAACACAUUUCCUGCCCUGUUUGGUGAAAAAAUAUGAUGAAAUAACAUUUCCAUUUCCCAGCGAGAAAUUUAAUUAGAAGGAAUUUAAAAAGGUGUAUUUUAUAGUUUAAUUUAAUGCGAUGAAAUAGGAUUGGCUCCCUCCCCCUGCUGCCCAUAUCCCAACCUGAGACGAUGGCAGCCUGGCCUCGAAUUGCAUCCGAUGGCCUCAGAAGGGAAAUGCUUACUGAGGAGAAAAGGGAGAGAACUUCCACUUAAGAUUUAUGACUUGUGAAGCAGAGGUUGAGCGGGUUAGCGUUGAUUUAUGUUGCACUGCGUCCCACAGACCGGACUUUGUUGUGUGCCCAGGAAUGGGCUGAAAACUGAUUUUGUUGGCUGCUUUUACAGGUCACGUGCGUGCUUAAGGUUCUAUUUUGGGCCACUGAGAGGCUCUCGGUUUUGUAUACACAGCGAAAUGUGUGUUCAGCCGUGUGGGAAGCGUGUGAUUGUCCCUGUGAGGUGGGGUUCUCCCUCCCAGGUCGUUUCCCCUUUUUGGAGUUUGUUUGGAUUGUGGCAGCAGUCGAGGAGCAUCAGGAAGAAAAUAAACGUGUGGGGCCUGCUGGUACUGCGAAAUUUCCCCCCUGGUUGAAGUCAGUUCAGUAGCAAACUCUGGUGCUGGGCCCUGUAGGGGAUCCCAUCUGCACGGUGGCCCUGGCUGAAGCCCUUCUCUCUGUCAUGACUUUUCCAAAGCCACCACUUGAUGCUGAGGGUGAGAACCCAGGUAUGUCUUCUUCCUUUGGGAUCUCUCAGCCUCACAGUAGGCUGAUGCAAAGCAGCUUUCCUCACCCUCACAAUGUUGGUGUCUUUGCCCAGAAGAAACCUUUAGGGGAUCCUUACACAUCUCAGGCCUUCAGCAGAACCAGGGUGGUUUAUGGUGUUGAGUAGCUCUAGUAGUUGAGCUGAUUAUUUCCCUUGGAGGUGGGUAAGCUGGGAACCUAUGCACUCACCUUUCUGAGCUCCUGCCAUCUGCCGGAAGAGACACUUCCAGACAACCAGAUACAAAUGGGAAGGAAUUCUAUGAAUUUAAAUGGGGAAGGCAUAUUUUAACAGAGCUCUUUUUGUUUCAGAAGGCUGACUCGGUCUAGGAGGAAAUGGAUGGGAAAUGGUAAAGCCAGCAGUGAGAAGGAGCUGCACAGUAUCUCUCAAUUCCUGGGCUGGCAGCCUCGCCACAAGGACUAUUUUCUGGCUAGCAGCUUUACAUUGGAUUAGAGGUGCUUAAUUUCUUCUGUACUUUCAGGUUUCUCUGUUUUUGGAACAGUGUCUGCUGGUGCUGGAGACCGAGCUGGCUGUGCUUGGGAGGAGCUGGGGAUACACAGCACAGUGCAGAGCUGUCUGCAAAGGAGAAGCUGUUUGGAUAAGAAACAGUUGCUUUGAGCAGGAGGUUCAGAGCUGCUCUGGCUUUAAGCUAGAGAGAAAGGAAGUCUACCUGUCCAACUGAAAUAAUCUCGGUGGUGUUUGCAGCUCACGUUACAAAGCUAGAAGCUGGACUCAACCUGAGGACAGGAGCUGAACAAAGGUACCUCUCUGUCUCAGCAUGCUGGACCUUCACUGAUCUGAACAAAAGGAUCCUGACAGGCAAAGGGACAGCUGUAAGGGAGGCUGCACCAAGAAACUGGCAUUAUAUCCUCAGCAGAAGUGCAGGACCCAAGACUGUGCUUUGAGCCUUACAACAUGGUCUUCUGUGCCUUCAAAGCAGCAGUGACACAUCACCUGUUGAGCAAGAUGUAAUUUUCGAGGUGGAUGAAACCUGACAGCAGUGGGAGCGGAACUACACAGCACUGAUGCAAAUCUGCUUUCAACAAUCCACACUGCGUUUACUUCUCUUUGUCUAAUGAUGGAAAGGAAAAGGAAGAGGACAUUUCUGAUACAGGACCUGUCAGCACAGCAUGUUUGUCCUCAACUGGUGCCUGGGGAGAUUCAGGCAGGAAUGGCUGUGUUCUGUGUCUUUCUCAAUCGGAGCAGAGAGAUGUUUGUAUAAGCUACAACGAGCCGAAGCUGGGCCAGGGAGUGCUGCCCGUGAGCCACUUUGCAGCUGUGCAGCAUCACUGCAUCAGAGUGGGAGAUCCAACACCCUGGAGAUCCUGGUGCCUUCUCCAAUGUCUAACCACCUUUUCCAUGAAGAUUUUCUUCCUGAUAUCCAACCUGAGCCCCUCCUUGAUGAUGUUUCCUCACAUCCUUUGUGUCAUCAGCAUCCCACAGGUCGGAAUCUGAAGGAGUGGCUGCGGGAGCAGUUCUGCGACCACCCCCUGGAGCACUGCGAGGAUACCCGGCUACACGAUGCAGCUUAUGUAGGGGAUCUGCCCACGUUGAAGAGCUUGCUGGAGGAGGAGAGCUUCCAGAGCCGGAUCAAUGAGAAGUCGGUGUGGUGCUGUGGCUGGCUGCCCUGCACUCCUCUGCGCAUUGCUGCCACUGCUGGCCACGGCCCCUGUGUCGACUUCCUCCUCCAGAAAGGGGCUGAGAUCGACCUGGUGGAUGUGAAGGGGCAGACUGCUCUCUACGUAGCUGUGGUCAACGGGCACCUCGAGUGUGCCAAGAUCCUGCUGGAAGCUGGAGCUGACCCCAAUGGCAGCCGGCACCAUCGCAGCACUCCAGUCUACCAUGCAGCACGUGUGGGCCGGGCGGACAUCCUCCAGGAGCUGAUCAGAUACGGCGCAGAUGUGGAUGUGAAUCACCACCUCGCUUCUCGGGUCUCCAGCCCUUCUUUACGACCCCUCACCACACUUGUAGUCUGUCCACUAUACAUCAGUGCUGCCUACCACAAUCUUCAGUGCUUCCGGCUGCUGCUCCAGGCUGGAGCCAACCCAGAUUUUAAUUGCCGUGGGCCAAUCAACAUCCAGGGCUUCUCUCGGGGCUCACCAGUGUGUGUGAUGGACGCUGUCCUGCGGCACGGCUGUGAAGCAGCAUUCAUCCACCUCUUGAUUGACUUUGGAGCCAACCUGAACCUGGUGAAGGUGGAAGCCUUGGAAUUUGACUCCACAGGGAGGGUCAAAGUCAACCCUGAGGCUCUGCAAGUCUUCAAAGAAGCACGAGGCCGCGCCCGGAGCCUGUUGUCUCUCUGCCGCAUAGCUGUACGAAGAAUACUUGGCAAAUCUCGUCUGGAUCUGAUCCAUAUCCUUCCAGUCCCAGACCCCAUUAAACAAUUUUUACUUCAUGAACACAGUUAAAGGGCAACCAGCUGCUAUCUGGGACAGUUUGAUUUGCUGAACGAGUGAGUUGACAAAGCCAGCUGCCAAUUGUAGCCCUCCACCCCCAGAGAAAUACUGGUUUGCUCAUGGAAUACACACAAUUCCCUGCCCGUGGGUUUCCCCUGCAGAUUUAGGGUGCAAUGAUUUUGUGUGUCUACCCUUAAGCUGCCAGUUAUCUGGUGAUCUGUUUGCAACUGGUUUGGGCAGUGAGGCCACAAGCGUGUGUGGCUGUUACAUGAGCAAACACAGUGUAUCCCAUAGCUGUUAGCAUAUGUCUGUUUGUUACAGCUCUACCUCUGUUAUUGCUCCGUGUUUCACACACCUUGGAUCCCAGAGGCACUUUUGUGUGGUGAAUGUUCCUGUACUUAAGCCUUUCAUUUUCCUACAGCGUGCAAGGGAGUUUCUCCUUGCCUUGGUAAGGGAAUUACAGCAGCACUGUUCUCUUUCUGCUGUCAGUACGUGGCCUUUCUCUUCCCUGUGGAGUUUGUGGUUGCUGCUGUAAAAGUGGGUAUGUUUUCUUCUGUCCUCUUCUGGUGUGAAAUGCAUCAAGUUUCCUGUCCAGUGCUGUGUAUUACUUGGAGAAUUGUAUCCGUGUCUCUACGUGCUGCAAGGUAGCCGCUGACUUGGCUUUCUUCCUGUAGAGGCCCUGUUGCACAGAUGGGAGAGUAGCAGAAUGUGUAAUCAUAUCCCAUCUGAGUCGCUUCUACAGACCACCAGAUCUGCUGUGGCACGUCGGCUCAUCUUCCAGCACUGUGAUGGAUGAGACGAGGGUUGGCCAGUCCUCCUCCCAGCUGCCCAGGACACUGCUGUAACACAAAUGAGAAGAUAUGGAGAGAAGAAGAAAUGGUAUUUUCACCCAUGGAAACGGAAUAGUACAGAGUUCAUUGCAGGGAUGAUGUGAUCCUUGUGGUUCAGUCACUGCUGUAGUGGUGGUGGGAUAAGGACUGUGAUACUCAGAUGAAGCCAGAAUGUGAACUUGAAAGAUUUCUAGGGUACUUAAUGGAAAAGCAAUGACCAAACUCAUCUGUUCACUGUAAAAUUGGUUUGAAUAUUUGAGAAUGACCAGGGAUGACCAGGAGUGGAGGGGCUGCUAGAUUAAAUCAUUGUCUUGCGGUGCUGGAUAGUGGUUGAUGCAAUGACUGUGAAUGUAUCUGUGUGAUUACUCCUUAAAGCAUGACCAGACAGCACCCUUCCAGAUCCACCUAACAGGCCUUUUUGUUUCCUUUUCUUUCUGUUCCAUAGCUGGGCCUGGCAGAGCAGUCAGGUGGCUUUGUACGUUGCUCUGCUUACUUAUUUUAGGAUAAGGAGGCAAGAUUUGCAUUGCUGAGCAUUACACCGUUGAGAAGAAGCUGAAGUGUGACAGUCACACUCACUCACUGUUCAGACACUUUCAGAAAUCCUCAUCAGAUGAGAUCUAAUGGCAAGGACGUGUAGCUAUGGGCACGCUUUCAAGGUGAGAAGGCAGCAGUAUUGCAUUGUUUCCUUUUCAGGCUUGCAGAUGGUUUAGGUUUUCACCAUACGGGAGGCCAGGGCAGCCCAUGAGCAUGUUGCCUGAGAGUCGUGUGCCUGCUUUAUGGAAGUGUUAACAUGCCUAAAAGAUGCAGGCAGGUUGUAAAGCCGCUUGUCACCUUGCUGGUAGAACCAUAAUGUUUUGCAGGAGCACGAAUCAAACAUAUUCUCUAGCCCUAGUGUAUAAGAGGCAGAAAAUGAGGGAGGAUGUCCAGAGAAAAUACCAUGGCAACAGCUUCUUUGGGUCGACUUUUUCACUCUGAUUUUUUACUUCUUCACAUAGUUUCGCAAACCACUCACACAUUAGUGCCUUCUGGGAGAAAGUAGCUGGAUAGAGGUGGAAGGCACAUGCUCCUCUGGGGAGGCAUAACAACUCAGUGCACGAUGUAACUGGAGUGUAUAGUUAAAUCUAAGCCUCUGCAGAUAGAUCUGUUAUGAGUUUGGUUAUAGCUGCCUUCUGUAUUUGAUCUGUUGACUUGUGCCCUCGACUGACACUGUCCUACAUCCCUCUUGUGGAUAGUCAGCCAGUGAAGCAGUGGACACUGGUUACAAGGCAACAUCAACCCAGCUUUGCCUAGAUUAGAUGGUUUAAUACACAGAAUAUCUGCAAUUUUCAUUGUCAUAAUGAAUCUCAAAUUAGAUUUACGAUGUCCUGCAGGGCCACAGCACGUUUCCUCUUGCUGUCCCUGUCCCUUUAAACCCAAUAAACAAUAGUCUUCCAUUAUGAAAUCUGAAUAAUAAUGUGCAUAUACUGUCUUUGCAGUAUAUAAGUGACGAGUAUGAAGUGUGCAUUGCAUGGCCUUGCUGUGUGGGAUGAGAUUUGGAAAGUGGUUAAAGAACUGAAGCAGAUCUGGAAUAAGCGAAGAUAUCUAAAAGAGUCUUUCGCUUGUGGGGUUUCUAAUUACCUUUGUUGUAUAGGGACUUUUGAGAGCAUGAGAUGCUGGUAGCUGGUGUAAUACCCAAAUGUAACUUCCUGUCAUUUGGGAGUUGUGCAAAUGGCAGAAUGGAAUCUAUCAGGUUGCAGUGUUGUUUUUUUUCCCCUUUUUUCCCCCUUUUUACACCAAAACUGGCUUUUGAGGCACGGUACCUCUUUAGCCCUUGUUGUUCCAUUGAAGAAAGGACUGUAGGAACCCGCCCAGGACAAAGUAGAGGUGGCAGCCCAAGAGUGUUACUUCAAAGGAGCACUAUUCAGUGUUCUUUUCUUUUGCCCAGGGUAGAAUGAUUGUGCACAGCAGCGAGAUUUGAUCCAAGAGCAGAUAGGAGAUAUCUGUGGUGGGUCUGUGUGUAGCUAAAUAAAGACGUUCCAGUGCAAGA